AGCCACACAGGAAACUGAGCAGAUCAGGGGCCCAGCCCCAAGCAAACACAGGCUCCCCCAGCCCCAGGAGCCCUAGGGGAAAGAAAGAGCCCAGCUGGGCCAGCCCCGCAGAGACCAUGGGAUCCACGGAGACAAGGCAUCCCCCUGCCGUUUUUGACUGGUUCUUCGAAGCUGGCCGCCCCAAGUGCCUGGAGGAGGAUCCCCCCAUCCUGUGGCAGAUCCCGCCAGACUUCCAGGAACAGGAAGCCAUGCAGAUGGUGCCCAGGUUCUGCUUCCCCUUCGACAUAGAAAGGGAGCCGCCCAGCCCCGCUGUCCAGCAUUUCACCUUUGCCCUCACUGACCUGGCGGGCAACCGUAGAUUUGGCUUCUGCCGCCUGCGAGCUGGCGCAGGGAGCUGUCUCUGUAUCCUCAGUCACUUUCCCUGGUUUGAAGUGUUCUACAAGAUUCUCAAUAAUGUGGGGGACCUCCUCGCCCAGAACCAAGUCACCGAGGCUGAAGACCUCCUACGGAACUUGCAGCAACACCCGCUUCGAGGACCCGGGUUUUCAGGCAAACCAGAGGCGGACAGCAACAUCACCAUCUGGAGCGAAUGUGGAAUCUUGCCUCCUGCCCUGGGGAACAGCAAGCUGCUUUCUUGUUUUGUGGUUCCGGAUGCUGCGGGCCUGCCAUCUAUCCCGGAGAACAGGAACCUCACUGAGCUGGUGGUCGCUGUGACUGAUGAGAACAUCGUGGGGCUCUUCGCUGCGCUGCUAGCUGAGAGGAGGGUCUUACUCACUGCCAGCAAACUCAGCACUGACCCUGAGGAGUCUGAACCUUCUGUCCUCCUCACUCCCCAGCUGACCGCCUGCGUCCACGCAUCCUGCGCUCUGCUCUACCCCAUGCGCUGGGAGCAUGUCUUGAUCCCCACGCUGCCCCCGCACCUGCUAGAUUACUGCUGCGCGCCCAUGCCCUACCUCAUAGGAGUCCAUGGCAGUCUUGCUGAGAGAGUUCGAGAGAGAGCGCUGGAAGAUGUGGUGGUGUUGAAUGCAGACUCUAACACCCUGGAGACACCCUUUGACGAUGUGCAAGCUCUGCCGCCCGAUGUGGUAUCCCUGCUGAGGCUUCGGCUGAGGAAGGUUGCACUGAGUCCAGGGGAAGGAGUGUCCCGUCUCUUCCUCAAAGCCCAGGCCCUGCUCUUUGGAGGGUACCGUGACGCCCUCGUCUGCAUCCCGGGCCAGCCAGUGACGUUCAGUGAGGAAGCUUUCUUGGCCCAGAAGCCCGGGGCGCCCCUGCAGGCAUUCCACAAGAAGGCGGUGCACCUGCAGCUGUUCAAGCAGUUCAUCGAAUCCCGACUGGAAAAACUCAAUGCUGGAGAAGGUUUCUCGGACCAGUUUGAGCAAGAGAUCAUGGCCUGCUGUGGAGCUUCCUCAGGCACCCUUCGAUCUUACCAGCUCUGGGUAGACAGUCUUAAGAAAGGUAGUGAUGCCCUCCUGCAUUCAAUGAAGGCUAAAACCCGACCAGCCGUCAGGAACAUGUACCGAUCGGAAACUCAGGGAAGUGGAGCUGGCACCCCAGCCCACGUGUACACCCCCUCACAGGAUGGGGACUCUGGCCUGCAGAGGGGGGGCUCUCUGAGAACCCCAAGCCUCCCCAGCCGCUCAGAUCGUCUGCAGCAGCGCCUGCCCAUCAGCCAGCACUUCGGACAGAACAGGCCCCUCCGUCCUAGUAGGAGACUCAAGGCGGAAGGGGGACCUUCUGAACCCCUGCGGGAGAGGAGCCCCCCCUUGAGCCCUGGGGACACUCAGAAUCCCUGGGCAGAGGACACUCUAGAUGGCAGCUUUCUGGGGUCCGGAGAAGAGCUGGAUCUACUGAGUGAGAUUCUAGACAGUCUGAGUGUGGAAACCAAGAGUGGAGGCCGGCUGAGGGCCAGCCAGAGUUUGGACUGCUGUCAGCAAGGGGCAUCAGAGAGCUGCUCCAGCCUGCCUGACAUGUCAGUGGGGUUACCAUGGCAACUGGAAGAAGACAAGAGAUCCCAGGAUCCUCAGCUUUGGUCCCUGCCUGGUGACCUGUCACUUCUGCAAGACACCCCAUUUUCAGAGGCUGUAAGCUACUCAGAGAACUGUUCUCAGCCACCCUCCGCUCUCUCCUCUGUGUCUACAUCUUCAGCCACUUCAGCAGACCCCCGCAGCCAAGGGGAUCCCAGGCCUUCUGUCAGCGAGCUGGACCCUAGACCCUCACAAAGCCCUUGCCCCAGGCUCCUCAGAGUUCCCACUCAGCCCAGUCCUCCAAAAAGCCCCCUACUUCCCUCCACAGAGCCCAACUCUGGCGCUGCCCAAAAAUCACAAUCCAUUCCGUCUCCCUCAUGCUCCCAUUCUGUAGAGAACCCCAGAAACCAGCUUCCCCAGGUCCUGCUGGGUGAGACUUGUAAACAACUCAAGGAGCCAGGGGCCCCCACUUCCUAUGUCUCUCAUGUAAGCAAGCAGCAAAGGCCCCAGGACAGGCAACCUCGAGUUGCUGAUUUGAAGAAGUGUUUUGAAAACUAAGAUCAGGAGUGUGAGGGUUCCCAACUCUCAAUAAAGCUGACUUGUUUUUCCUUGAUAAA